AUGAAGACCACUCUUCUCAUUGCCAGCUUGGCUGCGGGCGCUCUCGCCCUCCCCUCGGACACUCACACUGUCCACCAGCGACGCAACCUGGUCCAGGAUGCUCGUUUCGAGAAGCGCUCAGCUGUGGAUGCGAACGCCAAGAUUCCGUUCGAGAUUGCUUUGAAGCAGGGCGGUCUUCAGGAGGCCGAGGAUAAACUCUAUGACAUUUCCAACCCCUCCUCUCCCAACUACGGCAGCCACCUUUCGAAAGAAGAUGUCGUCCAAAUGUUCGCUGCCGAUGACAAAAGCAUCGACUCUGUCAAACAGUGGCUGAUCAGUCACGGCAUCGCGGAAAAGGACAUCCACGUCAACCCCACCAAGACCUGGAUCACCGUUGAUACCACUGCCGGUGUUGUGGAGAAGGCUCUGAAGACGAGAUAUCACAUCUACCGCAGCAACGCCUCGGGCCAGGACCACAUUGGCUCGGAGGAGUACAGCCUGCCCAACAACCUGCUCGACAUUGUCGACUUUGUUCGCCCCGGUUCUGCGAUGACCAAGGUCACGGUCCGCGCUACGCAGCCUGCAAAGGGUGAUGCGCCCAUCGGCGAGCCGGUCCGCAAGCUGAGCCAAGACCAGAUCAAGUCAGUGCAGGAUGCCAUCAAGACUGGUCCCAGCGCCGGUGGUGACCCUCACAACACUGCAAACUCUACUCUACCUGCUUAUCUGCAAAUUUGCGGGCAGGUCGUUACCCCCGACUGCAUCGCCUACCUCUACAAAAUCCCGAAAGCUACUGGCACCAACAGCACCAACCGCCUCGGCAUCUACGAGUCCCUUGGCGACGUCUACGAUCAAGAGGACCUUGACCUCUUCUACAGCACUGCGGCUCCGUACAUCCCUGCCGGAACUGGUCCUGAACUGGAUCUUAUCAACGGUGCCACUGCACCCAACAGCCCUGACAAUGCUGGCGGCGAGUCUCUCUUGGACUUUGACAUGGCUUACCCCAUCAUCUACCCCCAAGGUACCACUCUUUUCCAGGUGAAGCCUGACCAAUACUACAACAUCUUUGGCGACUUCCUCAGCGCCAUUGACAGCGACUACUGCAGCCAAGACCCCUACUUCAACAACCACAAGAUGUGUGGCAAGUUUGAUCCUACCAACGUCGUCUCCAUCUCCUAUGGUGGCCCCGAGGAUGUCACUGACCCCAAGGGUGCUCACCGCCAAUGCAACGAGUUUAUGAAGCUUGGCCUCAUGGGCAUCACUACUGUUGUUGCCAGCGGCGACGCUGGUGUCUCCGACCGGAACGGCUACUGCCAGGGUCCUCACCACGACAUCUUUGUCGCCGAUGAUCUCUGCAGCUGCCCCUACAUCACCGCCGUCGGCUCGACUCUCAUCCACUCCAUUGACAAGCCCGAGACGGCCACCGAGUCCUUUUCCUCCGGCGGUGGCUUCUCCAACAUCUUCACCCGCCCCACGUGGCAGGACGAUGUCAUCGGCCACUACCUCCUCCGUCACAACCCGGGCUACUUUGCCUACAACACCUCGGAGGGCAACAUUCCUACUGAUGCUGGAAUCUACAACCGCGGCGGCCGUGGCUUCCCCGAUGUUGCUGCUGUUGGUGACAACGGUCUGGUCGCAGCCGGUGGUGGCCUCGGUCUAUCUGGUGGCACUUCCAUGUCUGCUCCUAUUGUCGCUGCUAUUCUGAACCGCAUCAACGAGAAGCGUCUCAGCGCUGGAAAAGGCCCUAUCGGCUUCGCCAACCCCGCCCUAUACGCCAUGUCAAAGACCAAGGGAACAUACAACGACGUCACCGUCGGCGAUCAGGCGCUAGGCGGUGCCUUCAGCGACCGUGGCUACAGCGCUUGUGGCAACAACGGCUUUUCUGCUGUUGAGGGCUGGGACCCCGUAACUGGCCUCGGCACGCCUGUCUACGACAAGUGGGAGGCCUACUUCCUCAAGCUUUAG